CUGAUUGUUUCCCCCUUCCCGCGUUUUGUGGACGUCGUGCGACAUCAUGGAUUUGGAGUAAAAAAGAUAUAUUACGAGAUGUAAUGUGACAAAAACGUGAUACUCUUCUGGAUUUAUAAUUUUAUUCUUCAAUGGCAUAUACUUAAAUAUAAGUUCACACUUUUUAUGUGAUUUUUGUAAAUAAACAAAAGAUUCUAUCCUUCACAUCGAGCACAACAAAUCAACAAUGGCAAUGAACGCAAAGGAAUGGACGAGAGAUCAUUUUAUGUCAAACGAGUCUGCUUGCAAACUGAUUUUGGACAAUUCCGAAGCACUGGGGGAAAUUCCUUGUAUAAAUAGUUCAUCUCUGGACAACUUUAAAGAUGGACAAUUGGUCAGAUUUCGUGGAAUGGUUCAGGAUAUGUUUAAUCCAGAGUAUUACUUUGAGAAUUACGAAGUAACAGAUACAAGAACUGGCGAAUCGAGCCUUCGAAGUGGCAUUUACAUGGAUUCAGCACGAUGUUUGCCGCACGAAAAUAUUUCCUUAGAUUCUCAAAGAAACAAAAACUCAGAACGGCAGACUUACUUUAUCAUAUCAGUUCCGGGGUUGAAUGAAUGGGCAAAAGAAAAAGUACCUCAGACUAAUAUUAAAACUAAUCUGAAAAAUGUCAGUAAACGAUCUUUGGAAACGAGCAAUGAGGAAGCAAUGGACUGCUCUGAACCUAUCAAAAAGAAAGAAAAGAUUUUGGAAACCAGUGAAAGUACAACCAAGGAUUCAGCACCGAAAGAAACCAGGCCAGCAAUAGUGUCUAAGGAGCAUAUUCUGAAUUUUCCGAUACCCAACGACGAUGGAAAAGCUUGCAUUGUCAAGAUCUACGAAAAUAAGGAUUCACACAAGCUGAACGAAGUUCUCGACAUUAUAGGCUUCUUAUCUCUUGAUCCGCUCCACAGCGCGAUCCACGAUUCUGAAGACUACAUGGACGAUAUGGAAAUCCAGACCCAUCAUCCUCCUGCUUCCAUGGUUCCGCGAUUACACGCAGUCAAAGUUAUUCCUUUGGCAAAAAAUGAAAUCUUUAAUGAUCCACAGCUCAUUUCAAAGGCUGAAUGUAUUCGUGGCGAUCUGCAAAUGGUUCUUGGUCAACUUUUAUUCGGUGAUCAGCUCGCUGCCGAUUAUUUAAUUUGCCAUUUGAUUUCUUCCAUAUACAUGAGAAAGGAUUUUCUUUGCCUGGGAUCUUUUCCCCUCAAUAUUAGCAGAUUUCCUCUAGAAAAAUUCAAAACUUUCCCAAAAGAACUUUACAGCAUGUUGGCACAACUCAUUCCGAAAAGUCAUUACGUCGAACUCACUUUAGACUGCUUGAACAACUUGAAUUUCAUCCCUCAGAAAGAUUACGACUGUGAUAGGUUAACAAGUGGUGUGUUACAGUUGAGCGACCACACUCACCUUGUAAUAGACGAGACGGGUUUAACCAGUGGCCAAGUUACUCCCUGCGGCAGAAAUAAUUACAAUGCCAUUAACACUCUCGUUCAAUUUCAGAAGGUUGCUUACGAUUUUAAGUUUUACCCGAUGGAUUACGAAACUGAUAUUCCAGUAUUAAUCCUAUCCACAGUCAAAUCGUUCAUACAGUGCAACAAUCAAGUGGCACUUAAUGUGGAUUCAGAAACUGAGGGCUUAUUCCCGCAAGUGGUCGAGGCAGCACAACAAUACUUGAAAGAUGAAGAUAGGCUGAACAACAUUAGGCAAUAUUUGCAUAUGCUGAGGCACGCAAAAUUUGAGUUCGAUGAGGAGAUGACAGAGGUCAUUCAGGAAGAUUUUGUGAAGAUGCGACAUGCAAACAAAUCCUACACUGGAGACGAUUUACACACUCUAAUGGUUUUUGCUAGACUAAUGUCCUUGUCCUAUGGAAAAAAUACUUUGACCAUUGAUUUAUGGAAAAAAGCCUUUGAAUUGGAAGCAGAGCGCAUAGCCAGGUUACCCAAGCGCAACAAUCAAGUACAAUCUUGAAUAAAAAGUUGAUAUUUCGAGGCAUAGUUGCUAAUUAUUAUAAUUUCUAAUUAAUAGUACUUUUUUUAUAUCUACCAUUUUUUACCUGUGCUUUUGUUUUUGUUUUUGUAAGUAAUACACGAGUUUUAUUAAUUAAACUUCGAUUGAAAAUCGUGAAGAUAAUAUUUAUUUUUAUUUACAUAAAUAAACAACUACGCUUUAACAAUGUAUCAUCAAAUUAUUAAGGUUACUUUACAACUUGGCUAAAUUCCAUUCUUAAUCGCAAAAAAGUGAAACCAGCGCGUUGUAAAUACAGGUUUUUUUUUUUUAUUUUAUCUCAAAAAACGUUUCCAAAUAGAAAUGCGUUCGAGAAUAAU